UUUCUAUAGCAACUUCAUCAUAUCAUCUCUGUCCCCUUUUUUGCUGUUUGGUGUAUUGAACAGAAAGGGCCGCUAUUGGCCAGAGUGUGGCAGUCUUUGACAGGGCUUGGAACUGUACCUCCCCCUUUGACUGUGUAACGUUCGACAAUACAACAGACUCCAACCCUCUGCAUAUAGACAAUUGUUAGUGGACAUGAAAAGCGGAGAUUUUUGCUUCUGAUUUCUUGGAGUUAUUUCGGACAAUUUACGGAUAUUUGUAUGGAUCGCUGUGUUUUCAUAUGACUCAGGAAUACUCGCAGAAAAUUAUGAGACGGCAAGUGCUAUUGUUCAUCCUGAUUACGUGUGCUACCGUGGUGUUCGGGCAGGUCAGCUACUCGAUUCCCGAAGAAAUGGAGAAAGGCUCCUUAGUCUGCAAUGUAGCUCAGGAUUUAGGUGUAGAUCUGAAAAGACUCAAAUCGGGGAGAGCUCGUAUUCAUUCGGGAGACAGUGCAGAAUAUGUCGAGCUGAACAGAGACAGAGGUGUCCUCCUGAUCAAAGAGAGGAUAGACAGAGAGACUUUGUGUGGUGAGACGACGCCCUGCGCUUUACAUUUACAAAUGAUAGUGGAAAAUCCGAUGGAACUGUUUCGCAUAACGAUAGAAAUCACUGAUAUGAAUGACAACGCACCCAGCUUUGCUUCAAGCGAGAAACGUUUUGAAAUCAGCGAGUCUACUGUUAUUGGCUCUAAAUUUGUCCUGGAAAAAGCCAUCGACGCUGAUAUUGGUGAAAAUGGCCUGCAAAGCUAUUCGCUUAAACCAACAAACAACUUCGCAUUGAAACUAGAGAAUCAAGCAGACGGGAGUAAAAAGGUCGAAAUGGUUCUACAGAAGCCAUUAGAUCGAGAGCAGCAGGAGCAAAUAUCACUGUUAUUAACUGCUCUAGAUGGCGGACAGCCACGUAUGUCAGGGACAAUGCAGAUCACAGUUAAUGUCUUAGAUGCAAACGACAACGCUCCGGUCUUCACCAAGUCACUAUACAAAGCAACAAUAACUGAAAAUGCACCAAAGGGAACGAGUGUUCUUAUUGUUAGUGCGUCUGACAAAGAUGGAGGCUCCAAUGGAGAAAUAUCAUACGCAAUAUCAAACAGCAAGCGGCGUUUAUCUGAUCUGUUUCACAUUGACAGAAAUACUGGAAAGGUUAUUUUGAUCGGUGAAAUCGAUUAUGAAAAAGCUAAACUCUUCCAAAUUGACAUCGAGGCUAUAGAUAAUGGUGGACUGUCUGAUUCCAGUAAAAUAUUGGUAGAUAUUAUUGAUGUUAAUGACAACAGUCCUCAGAUAAAAAUACUAUCCAAAUCGGACACCAUUUUAGAAGACUCUCUUGACAAUACUGUUACUGCUAUGCUAAGCGUAAAUGACCCGGACUCUGACAGAAAUGGAGAGGUGAAGUGUCAUAUUAAUGAUGACAUUCCUUUUAAAAUACAAAACACAAUGAAUGGGUUUUAUAGUAUAGUUACAGAGGUAGCUUUGGACAGAGAGGCCGCGUCCCAAUAUAAUAUAACAGUGACGUGCUCUGAUGAGGGAGUGCCCUCCCUCUCCAGCAGCGUCACUCUCACCUUACACAUCUCUGAUGUGAAUGACAACGCGCCUGUCUUUGAGAGGAGCUCAUAUGAGGCCUACAUUGUAGAAAACAACACACCAGGUCUCUCUAUAUUCACAGUGAAAGCCAGAGACGCUGACUGGAACCAGAAUGCCCGUGUUUCUUACAUACUGGAGGACUCCUCUGUUAACGGAGUGCCAGUCUCCUCAUAUGUGUCCGUUAGUGCUGAUAGUGGAGUCAUACAUGCAGUGCGCUCUUUUGACUACGAGCAGAUCAAACAUUUCCACUUCAGCGUCAAAGCUCAGGAUGGAGGUUCUCCUCCACUCAGUAGUAAUGUGACUGUGAAAAUACUGAUCCAGGACCAGAACGACAACCCCCCUCAGGUUCUGUACCCAGUCCAGACUGGUGGCUCUGUGGUGGGUGAGAUGGUGCCUCGUUCAGCAGAUGUGGGCUAUCUGGUCUCUAAAGUGGUGGCUGUUGAUGUGGACUCUGGACAGAAUGCCUGGCUCUCCUAUAAACUCCAGAAAGCGACAGACAGGGCGCUGUUUGAAGUGGGCUUACAGAAUGGAGAAAUAAGAACUAUCCGCCAAGUGACUGAUAAAGAUGCUGUGAAUCAAAAACUGACAGUCAUAGUGGAGGACAACGGACAGCCCUCUCGUUCAGCUACAGUCAUUGUUAACGUGGCGGUGGCGGACAGCUUCUCUGAAGUGAUGUCGGAGUUCACUGACUUUAAACAGGACAAGGAGUACAAUGACAACCUGACUUUUUACUUAGUGUUGGCUCUGGCUGUAGUUUCCUUCCUCUUCAUCACGUGUUUAGUGGUUAUUAUCUCAGUGAAAAUCUACAGAUGGAGACAGUCUCGCGUCCUGUAUCACUCCAAUCUCCCUGUGAUUCCAUAUUAUCCACCGCGUUACUCAGACACUUUGGGUGGGACAGGGACUCUCCAACACGUGUACAAUUACGAGGUGUGCAGGACGACUGACUCCAGAAAGAGUGACUGUAAGUUCGGCAGAGCUGGUAGUCAGAACGUGCUGAUAAUGGACCCCAGUUCUACAGCGACGAUGCAGCGGAUGCAGAGUGAAAAGAACAUCUUGGAUGAACCAGACUCUCCUCUAGAGGUUUGUUAAUCGAAAUUAUUUUAAGUGUCCCUUGUUUACGAUUUAUCAGACUCUGCUCUGGAGGUUGAGAGUUAAGCUCUAUAAGAGUUUUUGCGCAGUGUGAGACCCAUAAGUUGUUGAAAGCAGUCAAGCCGGUAUACAUUCAGCACCAAGGACAGCGACAGUAAAACCACGUUUUUUUUCUUUGUUUUCCUUUUCCACUCUACCUUGAAUGUGUUUCCCUGGUCUGUUGUAGCUUCUGGCAUCCGUGUAAAUUAUUGCACACACGCACAUACACACACAUAUAUAUAUAUGUACUGUAUACACACAUAAAAUAACCAAGAAUUAGGGUAAUCAGACUUAAAUUAUAAAUAUUAUAUUCACAUAUUUUGCAUAUAGGCUAUUUGUGGUAGUAAUUUUUCUCUUAUUCUAGCAUACUAAUUUGAAUGAUAAUGCUGUUUCUUUUCCCAUGCACCUUCGCAAUUUGAACUCAUUGGGCCGCUGUUGCCCAGCGUGUUGAAGUGGAGAGUUGCUUUUGUAACAGAUCCUCCCCGGUCAUCGUUCUGGCAUAAUGCUG